AUGUCCAUGCUUGGCAUGGAGAACACGACAGGCGAGAUCAAUAAAAAGUACGCAUCGUGCGCAACGCUGCUUUCGACGCCGGGCCCUACACCGUUAGAGGGAACACCCAAAGAGUACUUGCAAGCCGAAUCGAAUGCAACGAAAGAGAAGCGUAGAGACCUUGAGUCAAUUUUGUUGCUCGUACGCAAGCUGCGUGAGGGAUUGGUGUCAAGUGCACGGUUCGACGCAUUUACGCUGGACGUGUACGAAUUAUCCAUCGUUUUGUCCAUCUUGUGUGGAAACAUGGCUCAACUUUCUCUCGCUUUGGCACGCAUGUUUGAGGAUGUAUACCCAAUUACCACAGAAUCUGACGCAAAUACAGAGCACCCCGUUGCGGUCGACGUCGCAGUUUUGUUUCAUCAUGACCCGAACCCAUCCUCACUAUGGCAAUCUAGUCUUAUGCGUGGACGGCGUGCUAUGUUUGAGUGUCUUUGGCUUUUAGAAGCUGUCAUUGCAGCACGUCCUGGACAUAUGCACGAGUUCCUUGCAAGGCGAUGCUUGCUUCAAGCGCGUCAGGGACGCAGCGACGCGCGCAUUGAUUUUUUUAUGCAAUUUGCAAACACAGCAUACACGGCGCUCCAGCGAGCAGAUUCAGAGACGCUGUUGCGUCUGUUCUCCAACGAUUCCUCGUGUACCACUGCAGAAUCCCUUAAAAAGUGCAGCUUUAGUGCCCUUUUCUGGCCCAAAGCGCUGGCGCUCAAUCUAAUCGUCAAAGUACGGACGUGCGCGGAACACGUAGUUCGGCGUGCCUACCUCCAAAUUCCAGCCCGGCAAGAGUUUGUGACUAUUGUGAAGGGAUUAGAGUGUUCUACCUUAGAUGUCAAGAACGAAUUGACAAGCAACCUUGAGAGUAUCCGCUGGUUGGAGACCAGGCUGCUUCUGGACCUGAACACGCAAGAGGCAUUGUUUGGGAAAAAAGAGCACGGCACAAACGACACAAAUCUCACCCGAAGUCUGGAUCUGCUCUAUGGAAUUGCAAGACAGCUUGGUGAACACCGCUGGAAUACAGCAAUCGCACAACUCCGGAACAGAGUGAGUAGCACACCGUCCUCGCACACGCUUAAAUUAAAGCCGUAG